CUCCCUUCUCUUUUGCACUGUAAAAGCACCAGAAUGUCCGACAAGCUGCCGUACAAAGUUGCUGACAUCAGCCUUGCUGAAUGGGGACGCAAGGCUCUGGACAUUGCUGAAAAUGAGAUGCCGGGGUUGAUGAAGAUGCGUGAGAUGUACAGUCCCACAAAACCACUGAAAGGAGCUCGAAUUGCUGGUUGCUUACACAUGACUGUGCAGACUGCAGUUCUUAUUGAGACGCUGAUAGCUCUGGGGGCAGAGGUCCAGUGGUCCAGUUGCAAUAUUUUUUCCACACAAGAUCAUGCUGCUGCAGCUAUUGCCAAAACUGGAAUUCCUGUGUAUGCCUGGAAAGGAGAAACAGAUGAAGAAUAUAUAUGGUGUAUUGAACAGACCCUCUACUUCAAGGAUGGACAACCUCUGAACAUGAUUCUUGAUGAUGGUGGAGACCUCACCAGCUUGGUUCACACUAAAUAUCCUCAGCUCCUGACAGGAAUCAAAGGAAUAUCUGAGGAGACGACCACUGGCGUCCAUACUCUUUACAAAAUGCAUGCCAAUGGAACCCUGAAGUUGCCAGCUAUUAAUGUUAAUGACUCUGUCACUAAGAGUAAAUUUGACAACCUCUAUGGCUGCCGAGAAUCCCUCAUUGAUGGAAUAAAGCGUGCCACUGAUGUCAUGAUUGCAGGGAAAGUGGCUGUUGUAGCAGGCUAUGGUGAUGUUGGCAAAGGCUGUGCUCAAGCCUUGAGAAAUUUUGGUGCUAGAGUCAUCAUCACAGAAAUUGACCCCAUCAAUGCACUGCAAGCUGCUAUGGAAGGUUAUGAAGUUACAACAAUGGAAGAAGCCUGCAAAGAAGGCAACAUCUUUGUUACUACAACUGGAUGUUCAGAUAUUGUACAGGGGAGGCAUUUUGAACAAAUGAAAGAUGAUUCCAUUGUGUGCAAUAUUGGGCACUUUGAUGUGGAAAUUGACGUGAAAUGGCUGAAUCAAAAUGCUAUGAAGAUUGUAAAUAUCAAACCCCAGGUGGACCGUUACACACUGAAAAAUGAACGUCAUAUUAUACUUCUGGCAGAGGGCAGGCUGGUGAAUUUGGGAUGUGCCAUGGGACAUCCCAGUUUUGUUAUGAGCAAUUCUUUUACCAAUCAGGUGUUGGCACAAAUAGAGCUUUGGACAAAUCCUGGUAAAUAUACUGUAGGAGUCCAUUUUCUGCCAAAGAAGCUGGAUGAAGCAGUAGCUGCUGCUCAUCUGGAUAAACUCGGUGUGAAGUUAACCAAGCUGAAUGAUAAGCAGGCCAAGUACCUAGGACUAUCCAAAGAUGGCCCCUUCAAACAAGAUCAUUACAGAUACUGAGCAGCUGGCAAAGCCCAACAGGCUCAAAAUGCAAGUCCUGUACUGCGAUUUGAUCAACAGCCACAUCACCUGUCAUCUAUACUUUCCUACAUCUGCCUCUUGUCUUCUCCACCUCCAGCACAUCUGCUCUUCCAAAGAAACUUCCAAGAGUCUUUCAAGCAGGUGUCUGAUGCUUCAGCCAAGGAGUGAUGAUGCUGGAGAAUCAAAAUGUGCUUUGCAAAUUCUCUUUUCUUCAUGGCCUGGCCCUUUUGAAUUUUUGAAUAUACUGAUUAAAAAUAAACUGGAGGGGGGCAGGGAGGAGGCUUCACAUUAAGGCUUCAGGCUUGGGAUAUGAAAUGAUACACUUUAAUUUAAUUUUUGCAUCCAGCCUCAGAUGCCGGUUUGAUCUGGCUGAAGAGGUAACGUGCAUACAUGCAAGCCGGGAAAAUACUUCAGAAGGAAAUGUCUGAAAGCAAUUUAUUUACUAUGUAGUAAAACUGAUUCUGAAAACCUGACUAUGGGGAAGGGGAGCAUUCAGUUCUCCAAAGAGGCCAUCAGGAAUUAUCUGCUCAAGUCUGUUCUGUUCUUGUGUCUAAAACAAUUUUAUUAAACAUCUGGAAAGUGGUCUUGCUUUCACUUUAAUUAUGUGGGUUAGGAAGACAGUUGCUGUUAUUUUAUCUAGUAAUACCUAGAUUGUGUAGCAAUUUAAAGGCACAUUUUGAAAAUAUGAUUCUGGCACAUUAUGAGUCAUUUAUGAAUAUAACAGUUUAUUUCUCAAAAUAGUUACUACUUACUGUCCAGUGGCAGAGAGUUGUAGGUCCUCAUCCUGUGGCAAUGAGUUCCAAAAAUUAUAUAUUGAAUGGAAAUCUAAAUAUAUUUUGGCAGUGAUUUAGAGGAAGCACCAAAGGCCUAUUAUCUCUCCAUCUGAUUAUUGGCAGUUAAAAAUGUGGAUAGAUUCUGUUAAGACACAGUUCUUUUGAUUUUUUUGAAAUGCAGAGCUUAAUGUAUACUUUAAUUGAAAGAAUAAUAUCCAUUGAAUUCACACAUUGUUCAAAAAGUGGAAUAAAAUA